AUGAAAUUCUCUACUGCUUCCACUUCAUUAUUGACUGUUGCCACCGUUGCCCAAGCUACUAAUUUGACCGCCUCAGUCGAUUAUGUCACCGAUUUUCAAACCACCCAUGUCACCAUCACCUCUUGUAAAGACAAUGCCUGUUCAGAAACCGUGAAACCUACCGGAUACUAUUUGAAGACCAUCACCACCACCGGGGUCGUCACCCACACCACAGUAUACUGUCCAUUGACCGCUGCUGAGGCCAAAGAAUCAUCAUCUCUCAAAGCAGCUGCCAAAACUUCGAUAUACAAAAAUGGAACCACCAACGCCACCACAUCUUAUCAUCAUGAAACAACAUCGACCGCUACCAAGAAAGAAGGCUUGAUCUCCCUUGAUGCGUACGGAUCUACAGCGUUUCGUUUACAUCAUGCCACCACCAACAAAGUGUCUACUUCUUUAUCUACUAAGGCUCACGAAGAGACAAAUGCUUCAUCAACCGCCUCAGUGUCCUCUUAUGGUAGUGGUGCCAGAAACUUUAAAGCGGCUUAUGGCGCUGUUGUUGGUUUGGGUGCUUUAUUAUUAUUAUAA